CGAAACAUUUUCACUCGAUACAAAUCGAAAGCGUACGGCAUUGAUUGCAGUACGAAUACCUGGAAACUUAAUCUCCACAUACUCGACUCCUCCAUUACGAAGCCAGCCUCCCUCGCCGCGCUCAAAUCUCACCGAGAGAUCCGAACUGAUCGCCCUUACAUAUACACGGGCUCACUCUCACCUCUUUUGGACUCGUCACCUAAAAGUUCACACAUCCACCGCAAAAAUGGGCAAAUCUCUCAUGGACAAGAUCCAGGCCAAGCUGGAGCUCUUCCGUCUCGAGCAACGCUACACCCGCCGCCGUCACCGACGGUCCACCUUCGUCUCCAACGCUGUCUACGUUGACGGAGAGUACGUCUACCAGACUCCCAACAGCACUGGCUCCUCCUCCGGCUCCUCAAACAUCGAUGCCCUUCACGGGGACAAGGCCGGCGUUGGCUCUAUGCCCGCCCCCUCGAGCGUAGUCAUCGAUGAGCACCACUUCCCUUCUGAGGUUCAGCACCAGCAACAACCACCUAUGGCCACUGCUGAGCGCAAGCGCCUGAACCGCUUCAGCUCCAUUCCUCACUUUGGAGGCUCAAGCAACAAGCAGAUGCCCAGCAUUCAAGAGCGACGGAGCAGCAUGAUCCGAUGAGUUAAUUCUCGGACAGUCAAACCAACACAAAAGAGACAACAAUAAAAAACCAUGCGAUGUUCCUUUUUAUGAUUGACGGCAUUGGCACCAAGCGAUGGUUACAGCUUAGGCGCAGGCGUAGCAGGCGCAUAGCUACAGCGUGUAAGCAACGGACACGAUGAGAUGAGAUGGGGUCGGAUCGGCU